AUGGCGGAUGAUGGUCUCGAUAAUCUAAGAGCUGCUAUAGGAGGUCACACAAUCGGACACCUUCAAGACAUCAUCAUCAACGUUCUGAAUAUCAUGAAUCAGGAAACGGAUAACCCGCAACACUGGCCUCCGGUUGCUCCAGCUAUACCAGGUCACCAAUCUUCGUCUGAAGAGUCUGGCGGUCCAGGCAGUAGUAGCACGGCUUAA